AGGAAAUUUCCCUAAAAUUACGUUAUCUAAAUCCCACCCAACGGAAGAUUACCGAGUACUCUUUUAAUUUGGAAAUAAAAUUGCUGGUUUCAUAAUUCAUACACCUCCCAAAUUUUAUACGCCUUUCCGUCGAUCUCCGAUCAUUGAAGCUCCUAACCCGAUCCGAUAUUAUUAGACUGUAAAGCAAAGCAAGGGUUCCCAUUAAAAUGGAGAAUUUGGAAGGUGGAUCAGAAGGAAUCAGUCAAAUGGAACAACUUCAAGAGCCACUAAUAUAUGGUCUUCCCGAUGACAUAGCGCUUUUAUGUUUGGCUAGAGUCCCUCGAGAGUGUCAUACCGCCCUUAAAUUUGUUUCAAGGAGAUGGAGGGACUUGCUGCACAGUGAAGAGUGGCAUGCAUGUCGUAGAAAGCAUAAUUUGGAUGAAACUUGGAUCUAUGCAUUAUGUAGAGACAAGUUUGAGCAGGUUUGCUGCCAUAUAUUGGAUCCCAUUUCAUCAAGGUCUUGGAGGCAGAUGCGGGAGCUUCCAUCUCGCACCUUGCUGAGAAAAGGUGUCGAUUUUGAAGUGUUGGGGAAGAAACUUUACUUGAUGGGAGGGUGUCGGUGGUCUGAAGAUGCUUCGAACAACUCUUGGAGCGAAGCUAGUCCCUUGUCAACUGCGAGAUGCUACUUUGCUUGUGAAGUUCUCGAUCAGAAAAUAUAUACAAUUGGUGGAUUGGGUUUAAACUCGAGCGUUCCACAUACUUGGGACACCUUUGAUCCUUGCACAAACAAUUGGAGUUCUCACUCGGAUGGAAACAUUAUUCCUGAAAUAGAAGAUUCAUUUGUGUUGGGUGAGAAGAUCUAUAUUCGCUGUGGCAGAUCUGCUGUUACCAGUCAUGUAUUUGCAGUAGUUUAUGAACCAUCGAGUGGCACUUGGCAGCAUGCAGAUGCUGACAUGGUGUCAGGCUGGCAAGGGCCUGCAGUUGUAGUAGACGAGAUCCUUUAUGUCCUGGAUGAGAGUUCUGGAACAAGGUUAAUGAUGUGGGAUAAGGAUCUUUGGGUUGCCAUAGGGAGGCUCUCGUCCCUACUUACGAGACCACCCUGUAAGCUUGUUGCUGUCGGAAAAACCAUCUAUGUGAUAGGGAAGGGGCGUAGCACGGUAGUUGUUGAUGUCAGCAAUGCAGGGAACGGCGGAGGGAUGAUGGUGAGUUCUUCGGUACCUAAACUGACUUCAAAUGAUGAGAUAAUUAGUUGUAAAUGUUUGGCUAUCUGAAUUAUUUGAUUUGUUGAAAGUCUAUUGUUUCUGUAAUAUUCAACACUUCUGUAAGUUAAACAUGUAUUAUCAUUCACAAGACAUAAUAGUUUCUCGUACAGUUGAAGCAAUCAUGUAUUUGUUUAGUUAUU